CACCGAGGUUUAGUCCGACGUGAACGUUCGCCCAAACCGCAUCGACGGAGACACCCGUAUAACGUGGGUUCCCUGCAGCAUAGCAGCAGUGCACUACAGUCUCGCCCUCGCUCCGGUUUGCUCUGCAGCGCUGUUCGGCCAUUCAGCCACACGACGUCCACGGUGACGACGACCAACGACGACAACUCUCACCGUUGCUGCUACUCACCCUCCCCCCAGGCAAACACACACACAAGAGGGUAUACAACAGUUUAGAAGGGGUUGAAAAUUUCGGUUAAGAAAUCACCCCACAGCAACCGGAAGUUGUGUGCGUUGUGAGGCAAACGAAGCAGGUCCCAUUUCCGUUUUGCCGGUGUUUCCUCGUACGUGGUGUACGUGUUGUUGUGUGCCCAUUGUGGUGCCAGUGUUUGUGUGCUCCGGUGUAACGUGUGCGUGCAUUUUGGUGUAGGUGUGCGGGCGUGUAUUGGUGAAUGUGCGUGUGUGUGAGAGAGAGUGCGAGAGCUCAUAUAUUUGUGGGAAAUAGAAAAGUUCCUCCCGCAUACCGGCAACAUUGUUUGAAAGCAGGUUGUUAAGCAGAACGAAGCAAAGAGAGGGAAAGAAAAGAAGGAAUUGCUGAACCACACACACACACACACCCAACCAUUCAAGCAUCCGGUUUUUCGUGUGGUGUAGUGGUUUCGGUAGUGUGCAAGUAGCAGCGUUUCCCUCUGGAGGCUUACAGUUCCAGCGCAAGUACCGGUAGCCGUUUGCCGUACGACGCAGCAUUUGUCCCCGAGAGCCUGUAGCCCGACUGCCCGUGUUCGCCAAACAGCCGGAAAGAUACUUCUGCUAAGAGGAAGUACUACAGCAGCGCCUCGUAGCGCCUAUCCUGGAGCACCACCGCCUGCACCGGCCACACUAAAGGGUGCCCAGCGACCCGCUAUGACUAGUCCGGCCAGCGGCAUUCCCGGUGCACAGUACAGAGGCACUGCCUGGACGCAGGGUUACGCCCCAACACAACCAACCUACCGAUACACUGCGCCGCAGACCUAUGCAUAUACACCACACACGACGACCCAGUACGGACAGCGUGUGCCGACAGCAGCGUCGCCCAGCAACACGAACUCGAGCAGCUCGUCCAACACCGGUUCGCAGAGCGGCACCCUGAGCACGAGCCUGAGCAACACGACCAACACAAACAACACGAUGGGUCCUAGCAACACGCCACAGCAGACGGAGCAGCUGUCCAAAACGAACCUCUACAUUCGCGGCCUGCAACAGGGCACGACCGACAAGGAUCUUGUCAACAUGUGUGCACAGUAUGGUAACAUCAUCUCUACAAAGGCAAUAUUAGAUAAAACAACAAACAAGUGUAAAGGAUACGGAUUUGUUGACUUCGAGUCGCCAUCGUGUGCCGAGGGUGCCGUCAAAGGGCUUCAAGCGAAGGGCAUCCAAGCUCAGAUGGCCAAAGUGGGUAUCUGGGUGCUACAUAGGCCGGCCAUUGACCCCGCGAUGGUGGUGCCGGCUGAGCAGCAACAGGAGCAGGAUCCUACCAAUCUGUACAUCGCGAAUCUUCCCUUGAACUACAAAGAGACGGACGUGGAGAAUCUGCUGUCCAAGUACGGCCAGGUCAUCUCGACCCGAAUUCUGCGCGAUCAGAAUGCACAGUCGAAAGGUGUCGGUUUUGCACGAAUGGAAUCACGGGACAAGUGUGAACAGAUUAUUCAGAUUUUCAACGGCACACAGCUGCCGGGCGCGAAGGAACCGCUGCUAGUGAAGUUCGCCGACGGUGGGUCGAAGAAGAAGAACCCGUUCAAGAGUCCGGAUCCGAACACGCGAACCUGGCGCGAGGGUGCGGAAGGCAUCCCGGUGACCUACGAUCCGAACAUGCAGCAGAACGGUAUCGGUGUGAAUGUCGGCACGCACAUCAACAUGCCGUACAGAGGGUUCAGCACACCGCAGGUCGGCGGAUAUGCCGUGCCCGGUUCCCAGUGGGUGCCAAGCUACAUGAUGACACAGGCAAUUGCACCGGUUGAGGAGCAGCAAUACGUUCAGGUUCCCGCAUCUCACCUGAGCGUAGGCACACCGUACAAGACGGACGGUGUGACGCCGGUGCAGCCGCGUGGCGUCUCGAUGAUCAUGUCCAGUGAUAAUCCAGCAGCCGUCCAGUACGGCAUGAUGCCACAGCUGGCAACACUGCAGAUUGGCUCCUCGCCAAUCUUAUCUCUCCCGCAGCAGCAGUACAUCAGCCCAACCUAUCCGUACUAUCCGACCCAUCCGGCGUCGGUCAUCCACACGCUGCAGAUGGGCGAUACGGAACAGGCGAGCACGGCCGCCUCGCCGGACGAAGCAUACACCACGCAGUAUCAGCACGCUCCGAAGUAGAUCUUUACCAGCACCGAGCAGCGAUCACACCCGGAAGAGCCAGCCAGCCUUCCCGUAGCCAAGACACACCGCCACCAUCACCACCACGACACACCCAUCACACCACCUUUGCGAAGCUGAAAACAACAUGAACGUGUGCAGCAACACACCAUCCCGAACGAUGAUCGUGAUCUCUGUCCUGUGGAGUCACGGUACUGUUUUCUUCCCCUAAAACACACGAAGCGAAGCGAAUGCGAACGAGAGGCAGAAGUGUGGAGUUUGCUUACAAGUCGGUCAGCGGAUCGAUAGGGAAGAUGGCGUAUCAUUUCCAGGAAAUGAUAAUAGCAGACGAGGCCGACAUAUACAUCACGCUCUUGAACUUAGAAUAGUACGCGUAGCAUGCAGUCGAACGAGCUCGCAAUACCAAAACGAUGUGCACGAACCGGAUGCGGAAGGGUAGGCCAAAACUGAAUUAAGAUACCUCAAACUCUGACCGCUUGACGGAAUAUGGAUGGGAUGGGAGAUCCGUAAGCGAACCGGCAAACCAUGGUUUGAAUAUUGUCAGGAAGGAAAGGACACGAAAGCCUCACGCGAACGAUUAACUCGACUCGAACACGAACACACACACACUGACUGAUGAACUGUGGCCCACUGUUUGCCGUUUUGUGUUUUGCUUUUUGGACUGUACUAAGAAGACUUUCCUCGUGGAAGCUGCCAUAAGCUGUUGGUCUCGAUCGCUUGAGGCCACGAUUCUUGUGAGGUAUGAGGCAUUUUGUGAGAUCUCCUCAGUCGAAGGAUGAGCAUGAGAAACAGCACACACACAUGGAUCCUUCUUUAUGGAUCAUCCACAGAAGGGCGGACGGCUUGAAGAUAUUUGAAAAAACCGUUACACUCUUCGCAUCCGGAAACUGAGCCGACUGUGCUUUUGAGCUUCCCUGUUAAGAAACCCGGGAGCAGGAAGUUCCCUGCCGCCUUUUCCACCUUUCAAUAGCAAACACAGGUGGAGAUGUGUGUGUGUGUAUGUGCGUUUUUGUAUUGGUAACUUGGUUCUCGAUGCUCCUGCGGGUUGCUCCGCGUGCUGACGUGUGCUGACGAGCGCGAGCUCGAUUUUUAGUAGAGUUAAUUUUAAUUUAUUGUUUUCCGUUUUUUUUUCUUUUUCGUUUGUUUUCCAUUCCGGGAAAAUGUGUUUAUUUUUUUUUUUGUUUCCUGUUUUGUCUUUGUUAAGUUAAACAACAACAAAAAAAUCACACACACACACACGUGGGCAGUGUGGGAAUGGGGAGAGGGGGGAAAUAAAAAGCAUGUGGUAGGGUAAGCGAGGAACGAUAAAGUGGGGAUAAUAUGGGGCGCCAGCAGCAGCAGCGGAUAAAGGUGAAGAUAGAGCCCGCGAGCUCACGAUGCUCGAAAGUAGGCAAAUGAAGGAAUGCAGGUUGAAGUAGCAGCACGAUCGGUAGAGUAGAGCGUGAGCGGGAUGGGAAAGCUGAAAGCGUAAGAAACUAGUUUAUAUUUUAGCGUCGUAGAACGAAAUGAUGAUGAUGAUGGGUUGAUUGAUUGAGAUGAUCACCGAGCAAAAAAAACUGAUGGCGAGAAACAACCGAAUCGAUGCUGAACUCGAUGUUGAAAAGCAAAGUUUUGGGUCGCAAAAAAGGGAUGCAAAUCCAACGAAGCAAAACACACGCAAAACUCGAAAGCAGUAAGCUCCAGCGAGAGAGAGAGAGGGAGAGAGUCCACGGAUUGAUUGGCGCCCCAUCAGCAUGGUAUGUGCUGCUAGCUUGAUAAGAUUAGCUUUUUAGAGUGUUUAGUACGUUAAGUAGGAUUUUUCGAAGGAUCCUCCCCUCCCUUUAUGAGGAUCAACCGCUGACGAGGCGCGAUGUGCUCACCUUUUGUGCGCAUUGGUUCCAGUUUUUUCCUUUUUCUUUUUUUUUUUUGUUGGUUAUGUUUUUCUUCACCACCCCCACCACCCCUUUUUGUGCUUCAAACGUUCAAACUGUCAACCUCCUAAAGGUGGGAGCUAUUGGGACAUUUUGAUGAAGCUUUGUUGUUUCUCCGAUACAUUUCUUCCGUAGCCUCACACAACCUUUUUGGUUCUUCAUUUCUGUUGAACAACUCUUGAUAUUGGUUUCUCUCUCUCUCUCUCUCUCUUUCUCUCUCAAUAUCUCUUUCUCCUUCUGUUUUGUCCUUGGUGUGAUUGUGAUAAGUGCAUAACGAGAAACCGUUCUUAGGAGGGAAACAUUGUGAAUCUAAGCCUAGCGCCAGGGAGCUAACGCAGAACGAGCUGCGAUUUAUUGCGAGAGUAAAAACUUCCAAUUUCUACAUUUUGUUCACAUCCGAUAGUUUUUUUUUUCUUCUUAUCCGUGCACCGCGUUUUUUCCUCGUUUUUUUCGGUUGCGUAGGGAAGCCAGGCAACCUCCCCUUUUUGCCCUCAAAUUUUGAACAGUACGAUGCAAGUUGUGAGCGAAUUUGCGGAUAGGCGCGCUUCAACACAAAUCGAAAAUAGGAAAAACCAGCGAAAAAUGCAAACACAAACAAGAAAACAACCGGAUGCGGAUAAUAAACGAGAUCAUGAGUAGAAUCGAGACCGAACGAACAGCCGCGGACCGAGCCGAGAAGCUUAGGGAGAAAAUUAAUGAGAAAAUGGAGACUCCGAUGAUGGACGGUUUUUCAGUUUUGUUUGGUGAGUUUUUAUUUCCAUUAUUCAACUGCAUUUGUGCAUACACAAUAUCACAUUUCUAUUGAUUUUUACACGUUUCGAGCAGAUUCGUUUUAAUGAAGUAAGUUUUUUCUUUGGUUUACAUUUUUAUACUUUUCCUUUACUUUUUUCAUAUAUGUUUUCACCUUUUUUGUUGUCUUUUUCAGUUUGAUUUCUCUAAACUUCCUCGACACACGUGAGAUGCAAUUUGGAGAAAUUGGGCCGGAUAAGAAAAUAUAAAUUGUGCCUUUUUAUCACAAUUUGUCAUUACACAGUCAGUCAGUCAGUCAGUAGUUGCAAGAAGAGGAAGGAAAAUGCUGUUUUCUCCAACAGCAACAAAAUCUAAAAGUGAGCCAAAAAUCGUGUAAAGUGGGGUAAAAGAUACGAAAAAUCAUUCGAGACAAAUAACAACUAACAGAUAAUACAAGAAAGCUAAUACGACAAAUAGAAGCGACAAGAGAAAAGCACAACAACAAUAACGUGAAACGUGUUAAGCGGCACGAGCACCUAACGAAAGAAGAAAGCUGGCUACAAAAACCACAGCAACAACCAAAAAGAAAAGAGAUGGAAGAGAAGAGAGAGAGAAAAAACCCAUACAGAAGUAACAAUACUUUUCUACACAAAUAUUUUUGAAAAUCCCUUUUUCCAGUUGUUGAAUUUUCAUUGAAACAUUGAAACAAAACGAAAAAACUAAACACGAAAAACGUAAGAAGAGUGGAGCAGCUGCCCAGUUUACAACAAUACAAAUAUAAAAAAAAUGCAUAUUACGAGAGGCAAAGGAACUGAGGAAAAGUAAAGAAGAACACACGACUUAACGCAAAGAGAUAAAAAAACACACUCACGAAAAAGUAAAGGAAGGAUAUCUAACUGUCGAAAAUUACUCAAAGAAAAGGUAUUGCAAACGACGAGAAGCAAAUUCAAAUAUGAAGGAAAAAAUCGAUCACGUUGGAAGGAUAAAAACAGCCGAGAAGAAGCUACACCAUCACCAUCACACAAACACACACACAUCCAAGCGUUCCUAGUGUGUUUUAGUGUGGCACCGAAAUGAACUGUACUAAAUCAUAACCAGCUUUAUGGAGAGCGAGAAAAAAAUGCACGCCCGGGGGACAAAAUUAUAGCCCAAAAAGCCACAGCAAAUCCCCCCAAAAACGAUGGCUUAGGAGAACAGCAAAGAUAAAUAUGGAAUAUUAUGCUUAUUUAUAGAACACUCACGAGAGGAUACUUCUGCCUGCCUGAUGCGGUUGCCCACGGGUGGCCCACCAUAUUCCUUUUGUUCAUCGAUCGGAUUGGUGGGUCACCGGUGCGAGAGAGAGAUAGAAAAACCGUAAGCUAUGUGAUAAUAUGUUUCAAUGCUGUGAUACAAAGUAAAUAGUCUCGCCCCGCUCCCAUUUAUGCUCGUUUUACCCCCAAAACCUAACGAUUAGUUUAGUAGCACUUUUGCUUAUUUACAUUAAACCAUAAUUACUCCCUUCGAAGAACUGCUAGUGAAAUUGUUUGAAAGCGCAAACGUAAAUCACGUAUCGGCUCUUAAUUUUUCGUUUCUCGCAUCUACAUUCCAUCGUAGAGGAUCGUUAGUUUAAUAACUAUACACGGAUAUAUAUAUCUAGCUAUACAAACACAAACACCGGUAAAGAAGACUGAUCGUCGUCAGCGUACGCUUGCGUUCGUACACUCACACUAACAAACGAUCAUUUUGCUGCAUCGCAAAAGCGAAGCUCGGAUAAGCCUUGGGUCGAGGGUCGAAUAAGAGGUCGAAUAGCGGACCGGCUAUUUUUUUUUUUUGUUGCUUAUUCCUCUAUCCUAAAAUGAACAAUACUGUUUGCUGAUACGUAUUAACACUGCUGAUGCAAAAGUGUAAAGCUGUCUGAGGCUGGAUGAACUUAUAGGAAACACGAUCAUUUCUUAUGCCUACUUGAUUUUUCAAACCAACACUUUUCAAUCUAAAAAAAGCCAUUUAUGCAAUUUAGUACAAUCGUUUCGGGGUGCAUACAGAAACAAACUAGGAUCGUUCCGCUGUACAGGAGUGUGAGUGUGUGUGUAUAGGUGGAUAAAAGCAAAGACUAUUAUUUUAACACAUUUCGUUCUAUUUGCUACCUUAUGACGAAACACUGUAUACAAUAAUAUAAUUAAACACAAGAAAAAACUCCGUUCAGAAAUGAUCGGAUAGAUCGAUCGAUGCGCGGACGCCAUUUUGAAAUCCUUCAAACAGGUAGACACUAGCAGUAGCACUAGUAGGCGUUGAGUUAGAUGUGUUGUCCGCCGUGGAGUGUUGCACACAGGCGUGUUGUUGACAGGAAAUAGCAAAAGGACGCCAUGCGUGUGCGUGUGUGUAUUUAAAGAUCAAAGUGAGCUGUGUACGUGUGUAGGUAGUCGAGUGUGUUUAGUCGUUCGUAAACAAACAAAAUCCUUGAAUGAUCGUCGGAGAAAACCGCUGUUGAGUGUGUAAACUGUGUAAUUAGGUAGACGUGUAUGUGUUGGUGUAAUUAGAGAAGCAAAAGAGAGAGAGAGAGAGAGAGAGAGAGAGAGAGAGAGUGGGAGCGAGAGAAAACGCGAACAACUUACUUCCAUGUGCUACCUCUCGUCAAGACGAACGAGUCGACACGAGAGAACGUAGAUCCUUCACACUCCUCCAUCUAGUGCGUUUGUGUUUAGAGUCGGAACGUUUAGUCUCAACCGGACAUACGAAAGCUCACCAAUGGCGGUAACGUGAGAGAUCAUGUGUUAGAAUAGUACUGAUUAGUAGCAUUCUUCCAGCAAGGGGAAGGAAAAAACCACAAAAUAGCGGACAAAAUGGCAACUAAAAAGGUGAGCAAAACAUGACACAAACUGACACGAAUCAUAAUCAAAUCAAUAGCGCUCUGAUUUAUUCACAGCAGGCUGUUCUGCUGUCGGCAUCAUCCCCGGAAUCGCAAAAAGAAAAAUCUAGAGACAUGCAACUGCAUUGCAGAAUAGUAGAGACAGCGCAUACAAACAGACCGAAAAAAACACAUACAUACAAAAAGAGAGAGAGAGAAUUAUAGAGAGCAGUGGCACGGUUUCUUGCACGGUGAUUUUUUCGAACCAUUUUUACCUUUUACCUUUUAAUGCAAACAAAAGGGCAAAUAGGGAACGGUGAACGGUAUAGGCCGGGAGACGGAGGGGUGGGGGCGCGGAAGGGUCAGCAAGGAGGAGAAGAGGAAGGAUCACCGCAGUUAUGCACGCCAGGUUACAAAUUUUCCAACAAGAGGACCCACACACACACACGCAUGUGUGUCUGUGUGGUGUUGCUCGUGUGUGUGUGUGUUUGUGAGCCCACCACCACUCUAUUGUAGAGGAUGUUGCCAACAGACACACAGCAACAUAGCAACAGCAGCAGUAGUAGCAACAACCGCAGUAGUAGUCGCUUCAGUCGAGCUAGUCGAUGACGGGCGACGGACGACGGUUCCGUCGUGGGUUUUUGUGGUUUUUUGACUUUUUAUUAGCACCACGCGCUAGACGAGAGAACAGGGAACGGCGUAGUAGAAAUCGUAGUGCAAAAAAAAACGCCAGGCUAGGACAAAGCAAAGCAACCGAACGCGGGGAGGAGGAGAGUUCAUAGUAGUGUAGUGUAGCGUAUUUGUCAUUAAGCGUGUGUGUGUGUAAUGUUUGUGUGUAGCACAACACAUCCGAGGUAGACGUUGAUGCCUAGAGAGAGAGAAAGUACUAAAAAGGUACUAGUACUACUAAGAGAGAAUUUCUGACAGCUGUCAAAUGACAGCCAGAUGACAGGUGUCAUCACAACAACACUUUUCCCUGACGUUUGUCAGUCAGUUAGAUUAGUUUGUUUUUCAACUUCGUUUUAGUAUUUUUUGUUCUUCUCCUAGCCCCACUAGAUGGCGCUACUUAGCAAUGGGUGUGUGUGUAUCUGUGUGCGUCUGAUAAAGCUAGUAUCAUUGACAGUAAGUAGUAGUAUUUUGGGGUGGAGGACAAACCCUAUUGAACGUACUGCGUGUGUAGCGCAACAGUUGUUGUUAUUGAUCCAAUUUUGUGGUUGUGGAGCGUGUUAGCCGGCUGACGACGUGUAAGUGUAAGAAUGUUUACCCUUCCUUCUUGCUCGAAUUUAAUUACCAAAAGAGAGAGAAAAAAAAUCAAAAUUUAAUUACCUUUUUUUAAUUUUAAUGUUUAGAACAAUUUGGGUUAUAAUUCUAUUAAAAAUCAAUUCAUUGCCAUCUAUCAUUACGUACACGUUGUGUAAUUAUUUAAAGAGAAAAAUUGUUUCAACAUGAAAAGUGUAAAAACCCAUUGAACAAACUACUACAUGAAAGCGAAAAACAAAACAACGCUAAGAGAAAAGAUGCGAAAGACAAAUGUUUUACAAACUCCAAAAAGGAAACACAGAAAUGAAAACCAAACGAACGUAAAACAAACAAAACAAUAUAAAAAGAAUGAAGACGGCUAGUUUAUAGGAGAAGAAAGGCAAAUAGGAAAAACGAAAGUUACAAAAACGAAACCGGAAGACAAAAAGAGCUGUCUAGCAAGGUAAACCAACCAUAGUAAAAUGGUGUAAAGAAGAAAACCUGAGACAGCAAAAAAAAAACCCGCAAACUGUCGUGUAGAAUAGGAAGACUCAAACCAAAUCCACUGGAAAGUUACGGAAAAGGGAGGCUAGUAGUGUGUGUGUGCAGCAAGCAAGCGAGCAGCCAGAUAGUGAAUAGCGCGUGUAAAAUGGAUUAAGUAGCUGAAAUGAAACGAAAAAACGGAUGCAACCGCGUGUGUAGUAGUUUUACUAGGCUUAAGCAGGAAGAAUAAGAUGGGGGGAAAAAGCGGAGAAAGAAAAACAAAAUGGAAAACUCUUAGGCGUAUUUAUAGAGGCGGAUGUAAAGUUUAAGGGUCGCGAGCUGGAACGAAUGAAGGCAUCGGCAUCGGGUUGGCAAGCGCUCGUACACGCUACUACACGCACAUCCAAGCAAUGGCAGCAUACAGGUGGGCUUUAAAGCAAGUGCCUACUUGUUUAAAACGAUGCGUGGUGUUAGAUAUAACAACAGUAUUGUGUGUUUUAUCAAGAUCACCUAUUGUCUUAAACAUGGGGGCACUUGUUUUAUUGUCUGAAAUUGAGGGUAUGUAUGUGCCCAAUGCAUGUGACUGUGUGUGACUGUAUGCGUAUGUGUACAAACGCACGUUCUUUGGAAUGAGAAAAAAUGUCCUCCGCGGACAUUGCACGCACGGCAUAGGAUUAACAAAAGAUGACAAAAAAAAUGAAAUGAAAUUUUUGCUAGUUUUUAAGGAACAUAUUUAGGGUAAAAAAUUGUUUAGAAUUUAAAGAAACACACACACAUACACACACUGUUGUGGACAAGGGGACACUAAGGACAGACAGAAACCCCUAAACUAAAUGUAGUAGAGAAAACGCAGGAAAACAGGUUUGAUAAACGCUUUUCCCCCACACUCUCCGGAACAGUUUCAAACGAGUUACAGUUCGAUUUCUUUACCAAAAAAAAAGCUUUCCUUAUAAAAAAGGUUUUAGUUUUGCUAAAACAAUUUUAUCAGUUUUGAAUGCUGCUGCUUCUUCUGCUUCUUCGGCCCGCCUGUGUGUAGCUUGGACGUAGAGAAUUGAGAAAAAUAAUAUUUAAAGCAAGGGGGGGGCGAUGUACAUGAUAGGGUAAAAAAAAGCGGGGGGUGAGAGAGGAAAAUAAGAAAAUUCGAAGCGGGAAACUAACUGUUUGCUUGUGUUGGUAAGCUUUUUUGCAACAAAUUGUUUGGGUUUUCCAAAUGUGUAAAGCGCAAAAUGAAAUGUUAGUUAUUAGAAGCAAGAGAGAGAGCGAGAGAGAGAGAGAGAGAGAGAGAGAGAAUAAGUGGAAUUAAUUGCAAUAGAAAAAAACAAGCAAGACGAUGUUAAAACGAGAGGAGGAUAAGCGAAAAGGAUAGAAGAUGGAGAAAGAAAAACACACACCCAAUCACACACGACACUUGAAAACGAUAGUAAGCCUCAACAAUCGUAAUUCUUCCUGCAAACAAACAAACAAAAAAUGCAGUCGCGCGUGGAAAACAAAGACACAGUUGAAAGUAAACGAAAUCAGGAAUUUUUCAUACACAAUGACGCCGAUGAGAGAGAGAGAAGCAAAAUGGCCGCCACACGGAUAGCACACACACUCACACACAAACAGAAAACUCAUGAGAAGAAGAGGUGAAUCAGAAGAGAGGAGAAAGAAUUUUCCCACACGGUAUCGUUUUCCUCAUCCAACAAAAUGGCGAUCGCAGCAUGCUGUGCGUUUACGAACACAUGCACCAAGUUGUUCGAACACUUUCGAGAACAUUUGCUUUGAAGGCAACAAACACAAACACAACCAACACACACACAUUGUAUUAGAGGAAAAAAGGAGGAAAUUUAAAUGCGAACGGGGCUUCCACCUUCGGUUCUGUUUUAUAACAUGACAAAAAAAACAAGAUGGCGGCGCCGGUGUUGGUGUUACCAGCGAAAUGUGUGGGGCGAAACAGGAAAUUUGUGUACUAGUGUCAAACCCGUCGUUUUCCAAACCAUUCCAUCUAAUAUCGUAUGCUUUUCUGCUUCUAGUUUUUCGUUACACACACACACACAGGCACACCGAGACAGACAGACAGGCUUACAGCAACAGCAAGAAAAAAGAAGCAUACACACAUUUGGAAACACAUCGGACCUGAUUGUGCUUUGGCGAGAUGCACUAUUUUUUGUUCCACUUUCGGGCUUCCGGAUCGGAUGUAGAAAGGAAAAUGGGAAGAAACAUAAGAAACUGGUGCAAUGUGUUCUGCAUGCUAAAUGCCAUUAGAAUUCACCACCAACACACUAGAAACACACACACACACACCUUUACAUGCAUUAGAAUGCGCGAGAAGCACUGCGCAACAGGAAGCGACGUGUGGACGUAAGGAUCAUCCAUCCCCACGUGCAGAUGGAUGGAGCUGAAAACUUUUUUUUUUUGGUUAUUAUUUUCGAAUCGCUUAGUACGUAAGGAUGUUACAUGAAAGUAGUAGCCGUAUAGGAACAGAUGUGCGCCAGAUGCAGUCCGUCUGCGGUAACGUUAGAUGAUUGACGACAGGCCGCACGAAAUCGAGAAACAUGCUCACGGACGGCACAGAAAGUUGCAAAUGUCGGCUUAGAAAUGAAAAAAUAAAUAAAGCAAAUACGCUGGGAAAAACGUGCAAUGGCUGGAGGAUGGGUAAGCAUAUAAGAAUAUUAAAACUGAUUUACAAGAGCAAGUGUGUUCUAGCGACUAGAAGCCGGUCGUACGGCGAGACGAGAUUAGAUACGAGCGCGGAAGCAGAAGCAGAAAGCUAACACUAAAGAUGGCAAACCAGCUCACCGAAAGACGGAAGCGGGUGAGUAAAGAUUGACAAAAACAAACAAAAAAUGGUAGUAGUGACACACAUGAAAAAUCCCUUAAACGUUAAGAUGUUAGUAGCAGCAGCCGGCAGAAGCUAGCGGACAUCACGCCUACUGUUGUAAGCGCGCGAUGCGUAGUUGAAAACUGAUGGCAGAAAGAAGCAAACGAAAACGGAGAGAGAGCAAACAAAAAAUCGAAACAGAAAAAUUGAACUAAACACUCAAACCCAAAAAAAUGAAAUAAAUCACAACAAAAAGCAAAAAAAAAACGAAAUGGUAGUAGACAACAAACAAACAAAAAAUGCAGAUUGAAACGUUGUAGCCUGUAAGAAUGGUGGUGUUGAAAGUGACGGAGGCGAUUGUGCAGCAGCAGCGAAAGACAAGCAGAAGGAAAGGGGGAAAACAAAUGAAAAUUUAAAAACGGAAAGAAAGAAAAAAACCUUUAGCUUCUAAGUGAAACCCGGAGAGGACAAACCCAAUGACAGCGCAGACUCACGCACACUCAGAAAAAAACACAGAAAUCUAGCUUUUAAGAGGUAAACAAAAAGAAAAACAAACAAACAAGAAAAAAAUGAAGCUGAAAAUAUGUGGAAUGAGUAAAAUUUGCGGCACGGAAUAAAAGGAGAAAGUAAAUGGU